AUGGGCAGUGUUAAUAGAGUGAGUUUCUUUUACCUUUUCAAAAGUAAAAUGCUAUUCCUCUUGCAGAAUCGCAUGGACGAGCGUCGCCCGGCCGGCCACCAUCGAGAUCACACCCGCGGAGACAACCGUCCGCACCAGCCAUCGCAUCAGAACCCGGCCCAUUUCCCGUCGCAGCGUCGGACGAUUUCACCGCCACGAGGCAGAUCUCCGCCACGUCAUCAUCAUCAUCAGAAUGCGCAUCGGGAGAACAACGAGAAGAGACCAGUGGUUAGCAAGUUUUGUGGACGCCUUCAUUCAUUCAUUUGGGCUCUGAUGAGAAUAAUAGAGAAAAGUGCAAAAAGGGUGUGUGUGCCCGAGAGAAUUUUGUGUGUGAAAAUGUGGAAUAAUCGGAUCACUUCUUCUUCUUCUUCUUCUUCCUCUUCUUGGAGAUCCAUCGUCACUCUCUCUAGGCCUCGACGCACUCGAAUUCGAUGGGAACGACGACUUCUUUUGGCGGAGGCGGCAGCGGUGGAGGAGGCGGAGGAGUCAGACGGAGAGAAUCGGACGGAGAACGACGCAGAGACGCGGGGAACGGCGGAAAGGAACCACUGGCGACGGAGGACCGAAAAAAGGAACGACAUGGGGAACCGGUAAGGUCUUGGAGGGUUUAGAGACUUUUUCCGCAAUCAAACUCUAUUAAAAAAAAAUGUUUAGGAACGCCGGAACAAGUCCCCGUUGACUCGGCCGCGUGACCGCGUCAAAUCGCCGCCAUCCGCCGACAAGGACCACCGAAAUGUGGCCGCCCGUAUUCAGGCCCCGGUGAUUCCACGUCAGCACCACGGAAAAGAUCGAAAGAAGCCGAUGCCGGUGAGUUGCGAAAAUCCCUGAAUGUUUCCUUCGUUUUUCCCAUUCUUGAAGAAGUUUUAUGUGAAGUGUAAAUAUGCAACAAAACGCUGCCAAACAAUAUUCGAAUACAUUCGCGAAUGCCGUCAUCGGUGAUAAAAUCGGCGGAAAGUGAUAAAAACGGAGGGAGAGAGUGCUGAAAAUGCGAGAAACGCAGAGAGCACACUUUGUGAUUGAUUGCCCUCCUUCCCUUCCAAAUUCGGACGCGAAAGGGGCGGAGUCGGACGUUUGCACAGAGAAAAUUGAGUUUGAUUAGAAUUCACGAGGAACAGUUCAAAAAUUGUCUUGUUACAGUUUUUUUAAACUUAUUCAUCAAACCCCUUUUUCUAUGCAAAAUUCGACACAAUCACAGUUCCAGUGCAACUAUCGAGUACUUUCUGCGUGUGAUAAGCGGAUUAGCGCACUCAAACCGUCAUUUCAAGACACGGAGAUUAGCCUUAAGAAGUGUCCAAACCCCUCUUUUCUUCCUAUUCUCAUCCUAAACACCCUAAAUUUCGCUAGUUUCACAGUCCGCUUCUAAUUUACGACAAGUUCCAGAAGCGUCAAAUGGAUUUCCGUCCGAAGACGUACGCGACGGGCGUCUCCGCGCCGCCACCGCCACGGGACUCCCGUCCGAAUCGUGAUCGGAAAGACAACGCGCCGCCGCCGCCACGUCAUCAGAAACCGUACUCGUCGGAUGCGCAGAAAAGAGGCGAAAAUCGGAAAGAGCCGGUCAGAAGACGUGAGAAUGUGGAGGAAAAGAAGAGAGGAAGAAGCGAGCGGAAAGAGGAGCGCAAGGGGAAGUCGGAGGAGCGAAUUGUGGACGAGAACCGGAAGGAGGACGAGGACGUCGCCCUGCAGGGACUCGAGGAGGUCGAUUGUUGUAAGUUGGCGUUGGGGAAACUUCUGAAAAUGAUUGGAAUUUAUCUAACUCCUGCUCUAUUUCAGGCGAAGGCGACGAACCGAAUACUGAAAUUGCACAAAAAUCCGAGGAGAAGGAGUCUGCGGAAAAACCAGCUGAGAAGACGUCUUCGAGUGCUUCAGCGUACGAUUUCCGUCACAAUUUUCUUCGAAAAACUAACAGUUUGCCCAGUUUCAGUAACUCUGACAGUGAGGAAGAAUUGGAUUACGAAGAAGACGAUAUCGACGUGGAUCUGGACGACGACAUCGACGUGGAAACGAUGAAAUUGGCGGCGCGCGGCGAUUUGAUAAUAGAAGCGGCGACAGAUGAGGAGGAGGAGGAGCGGAAGAAAGACGAAGAAGAGGAUGAGAUUGCGGAGGAGAAGAAAGAGGAAGACGUAGAGGAAAGAGAUGGAGAGCCGCAGAAGAAGAGAGUGCGCACCGAGGAGAAGGAGAAGAUCAAGGAACGACGGACGGCACGUGGUACGACAAAUGGGACUGGUUUACUAACAAUUGUUGGAAGUUUGCACGGAAAAUUGAAAACCAACAACAGGCCAAAAAUUUGGAGAAUCCGCAUCGGAAACCGUGUUUUACCCCUUCUUUCUGUCCUCCAGCAGUUUGCACUUCCCCACCCCUGCCCCAACCACCGUUAAAACGGUUUUCCUCAUCUCAAACCGUUUUUGGGCAGAACAUCUCGAAAAUAUACCCGAAAUGUUGCACCCCUCUGGAACCAAAACUCUUGAAAGAAGCUGAAAACCCGUAUUCUUGCACACUUCUCUCACGCCCUGUCCAAAAACAGCUCACCGAGCACCAAAAGCUUCAGCACCAACAGAUUUUAGAGAAUUAUGGAACAACUAAAAAAAAGAAGACCACUAUACUAACAAAGGUGUCCCAUGUUCCAUGAAAACCCGCGGAAAAUAAUUCAGUCACCCAAAAGUCGAGCCCCUGGAAAAUCCCCAACCCGAAAAGUCCUUCCCAAAGUUCCCCAAAUCCCGUAACUAAAAAGUCCCCCCAAAGACCCCGAGCCCCACAAUAUCCGUUCCCUUAGGAACCACCACCACCAACGCCUCGUCUUCGUCCACAUCGAAACGUCGUUCGGAAGCGACCAGGAGGGAUCGUCGUUCGCCGGAUCGCAAGGAUCGUCGUCACGGAUCGGGAGCAGGAGGAAGCGUUCGGCCACCACGCGAAGGAGCCGAGCGGCGCAUUGCGAAACGGACGGAAAGAGGCGGAACAUUGGGAGCAGAUCACAACGCAGCAGGUACAGAUGAUGACGUUAAAAUGGUGACGCCGCCGAUGAUACCGUCGCUGCUGACGAUGCGGAUAGAGAGGCCGUUUAGUGUUGAGGCUUUGGUAGAAAAGAGACGCUGGUGUCAGUGCGCAUGUCAGUUCCCCUCGACGUCGUCGGGCUCCCUGGAAGCGUCGCCCUCUUCGUCGACGUCUUCUGCUUCUUCUUCUUCUACUUCUUCGGCCGCAGGAUCUUCCGUCAGCAGCAGCAGAAGCAGCUCCUCAAACUGCCCAGCUGCGAUUCCGUCGCUGAUGUCUCUGCGGACCACUAAUGCCAUCUUUUUAGCCACAAGACGGAGCCACCAGCAUCCACAGCCACAUCCACAUCAGCACGGGGAUCCGGCGAGGAUCGCAGGACCCAGAAGAUCCGUCGAAGGACCGUUCCGACGAGCAAGGACACCGCCGGAACGACGCCCACGCGAGGAGAGACGAAUGGAGUUUAUGGCGGCCAGGAAGAGUUUUGGAGCGGGAGUAGGAGGAGGAGGAGGUGCGCCCGGAGGAUUCAGAAAUGGAGGAGUGGGCGAUCAGGGACCGAGGGUGAGCAAUCGCUAUUUUGGACAUUUUGAUUAUAGUUGUGAUUUUACGACUUCUGAGCUGGUUUUUUGGAUUUUUCUUCUAAUUCCUCCCAUUUUCAGCGUCGUUCUCCGUUCCAUCGUCGUCCAUCACCGCCACAUGGCAAGCCGGGAGAGCGCGUCGUUCACUCGUACCGGAACGGAAUCUAA